AUGACGUCGGAGAAGGACCACGCCAUCGAUGCGCUCAAGGCUGGCAUGGUCAAGUUGAGGGCCGAGAUAGCGUUGCAGAACGAAGCGAUGAAGCAGCUGAAGUGCGCGAACCAGCAGCUACAACACAAACUCAAACAGAGCGAGAAAGAUUUUCAUGCCGUGGUGGCCGCCCUGUGCGAACGCGACCGUGGCGUAGGAUUCACAAAACGAAGCGAGGUCAAGCACGAUGUGCUGCACAACCUGCUCGUCAAGAACAAGCACGCCGAACAAGUCGCCGAGUGCUUGAGGAAGGAGCUCGAUACCGUCAAGUUCAACGCGAAAACCCUGCGAUUGCAAGAGCUGCAAGUGGAAUGUUGCGAACACUUUUCCGAGAUCGUGUUCUUGCGAGAGAAGGUCGCUACGCUGCUCAACUCGACGCAAUGGAGCUCUUCCGUCGAGCACGAUGACAGAGACCCCACUGGGUGUCGAAGAGCAGCCAGCUUCUAUGUCGCAACGAGUCCCGCCAUCGAACUCUCCAACAACACACGCAACCUCCACGACAGUCGGCCGUCCGUCGACAAGCUGAAGCCGUCGGGAUCUUCCUCAAAUGACGGCGACAGCAAAGGCGACACUGCGCAGACGUCUUGA